GAUCUUUACAAAGUCAACCAACGAUAUGUGAUCGCCAGUGGAUGUAAAGAUUUGUCAACCUAUUAGUUAGCUCAUACUUCACACCUCUGUGGCUGAUUUUCUCCAUCUUCAUAUGGAAUUAUGGAUUUACCGCAGGGUUGAAUACUCACAUACCUACGUACUUGCAAUGCAAUAUGUACACACGGAUCGACAACCGUUUGUAUCCGAACAUGCCUCGGAGCUCCAGCAUCCAUUAAAUGGCGGCCCGGAUUAGUUUACAACAUUAGUACAUCUGGGGAAGUGUUUAUACCCAACAGUCUCUCCCACAUUUCCGUUAUCUUCAAGUGGUAGUACAAUUUACUUGUCGAAUUCAAAGAUGUAUAGACCCAUGUUACGAAAUGCCGGCAGGCAAUUGGCAAAUGCGAGACCGGCAGCCAUUACUAUUAGAGGUCUUGCUGCUCAUGCUACCCCGCAGCCAUUUGAUUGGAAAGACCCUUUGAAGGCUCAAAACCUUUUUACGGAGGAGGAAAUAGCUAUUUCAGAAACUGCGGAGCAGUAUUGUCAGGAACGGAUGUUACCUCGAGUUUUGCAGGCAUAUCGAGACGAACAUUAUGACCGAAAGAUACUCGAAGAAAUGGGGGAACUGGGGCUACUAGGAGCUACGAUCAAUGGCUACGACUGUGCUGGCGUAUCAAAUGUUGCUUCGGGACUUAUUACCAAGGCAGUUGAACGAGUUGAUAGUGGAUAUCGAUCUGGAAUGUCAGUACAGUCUUCGCUAGUAAUGGGAGGUAUCGACGAGUUUGGCACACAGGAACAAAAGGAGAAAUACUUGCCAAAAUUGGCAAAGGGGAAAUUGUUGGGCUGUUUUGGUUUAACAGAGCCGAAUCAUGGCAGUGAUCCUGGGUCCAUGGAGACAACUGCGAAACCCCAUCCAACAAAGAAGGGUUAUUAUUCAAUUUCAGGAGCUAAGACAUGGAUCACAAAUUCCCCAAUCGCAGAUGUGUUCUUGGUAUGGGCCAAGUUACAAGAGACUGGCAAGAUUAGAGGUUUCAUCAUCGAUCGAGCAGACUGUCCACCAGGAACCUUGGAAACACCUGCUUUGAAAGAUAAAAACGGACUUCGGGCUUCUUUAACUGGUAUGAUUCAACUAGAUGAAUGUCCAGUACCUGAAGCAAAUAUGUUUCAAACAGUUGAGGGUCUUCGAGGACCAUUUACUUGCUUGAAUAGUGCAAGAUAUGGUAUUGCUUGGGGCAUGACGGGUGCGCUCGAAAAUUGUAUAGAUCGAGCUAGAACAUAUGCUCUUGAACGAAAACAAUUCAAAGGCAAUCCAUUGGCCAAAUAUCAACUCGUCCAGAAGAAGCUAGCAGAUGCCGUCUCGGACGCGGCUUUUGGUACGCUGGCUUGUGUUCAGGUUGGAAGACUCAAGGACAAGGGAGAAGCAGCACCGGAGAUGAUCAGUAUGAUUAAGAGACAGAAUUGCGAUGCUGCACUCCGGAAUGCGAGAACAUUACAGGAGAUCUUUGGUGGCAAUGCUGCGAGUGAUGAGUAUGGUAUUGGAAGGCACGUUUCGAAUUUGUUCGUCACCCAAACUUAUGAGGGACAAAGUGAUAUUCAUUGCUUGAUCCUGGGAAGAGCAAUUACUGGUAUCCAAGCAUUUUGUUGAUUGAAUUGGGUUGAGUUGAACGACUUAGCAAAUGGAAAAUGGGAAAUGGGAAAUGGAUGUAUGAGAUAUUGAAUGGCCCAUGUAGAUGUGGGAGUAGAAUGACCAUCAAGGUGUCGGUUCUUAACUCUUGAAAAGAAGGAUUCUUUUUUGAAGAGGGGUGAAUAGGAGGAAUAGAUGUGUAGGAAUUAUCAUAAGAUGCCUUGAUCGAACAGAGAAAUGUAAAGCAUAAAAUCAACAUCAACAGUGUCUUGAGCAUUGGUGAAAUGCAUCUCGUAUAUCUAUCUUACUUGUCA